GUUGUGUCUUCCCUCUCAAAAAAAAAAGGCGGGGUAGGUCCGAGUUGCUCCAUUGAUUAUCCGGUGGGGUAAAAUGGCGACGAGCAGGGAAUUUGCCCCCAAGGUCCCGAGUCCUGACACGUUUGAGCCUCGCAGUGGAAACUGCGACCUGGCACGGCGCCAGGUCAACACCCGACCGCACCACGCCAACACGUGGGAUGACCGCCGCCGCGACGGCUAUAUCUAGUCAGCACCGGCCGGGUACACGGCAAGUAGCGAACACAAACGGUGGAUAGCUCGAGCAGGCAGCCAUCCCUAGCUCUGAGAUGGCGGGAGGGAAGGUGUACUCGUUCGAGGAGGUGAGGAAGCACAACGCCCGCAAGGAUUGCUGGCUCAUCAUCGCCGGCAAGGUGUACGACGUCACGGCGUUCAUGGAGGAGCACCCCGGCGGCGACGAGGUCCUGCUGGCGUGCACCGGCAAGGACGCGACGGCCGACUUCGAUGACAUCGGCCACACCGACUCCGCCAAGGAGCUCAUGCCGCAGUACUGCAUCGGCGAGGUCGACGCGGCCACCGUCCCGGCCAAGCUCACCUACGACUACCCCAGCGACGCGAGCCCCGAGAAGGCCCCGACGGGCGCGGGCGCCUGGGCCACGACGCUCCUGCGGCUCGCCGCGCCCCUCCUGCUGCUGGCGCUGGCCUUGGCGAUGCAGAGCUACGGCAAGGCCAAGGCGGAGUAGAAGACAAGCACGAGGUGCCGCCGUUGAUUCCGCUGGGCCGCAUGGCUGCAGCCUCUUGGAAGCAUCUGGGAGUUGGAGUGGGUUUUUUUUUUGGAUAAUUAAAGUUCGAGUGGUUGAUGUGAUUGUGACGAUGUGUAAUGUGUUCACCUCAACCGCUGCGUAUGGUCAAAUUUAAAUUCCUGGGUAUUGUGACGAAGUAUAUCGAACAGGAUGUCUACUGCUAAUCACGUGUUCAUGGUUUCGCGAAAAUAAUUUGAAUUUUGUUUUCGGGUAACUUUUCGUGGUUCUUCAUUUCUAGUUACUGAAGAGAGGAAACCCCAUUUCUGAUUGCUUCUUCCGCGAUUUCAGAAAUAAGCGCUAGGUUGAUGGUUGUAUUAUAUAAAUGAAAACAUGGAAAAUUCCUACUG